UAUUCUGCAAUGAGGUUGUGAGCAAGUGCAUCCCUGACUCCGCCCCAGACAGCCCUCCUCGCUCGUGAUUGGCUAAACCCGCCACAUGCCGCUCGGAUACAAACCAAUGAGAAGCCCACUGGGCGUCACGUGACCGCGUGUUUCAGGAAGUCGGGAUACGGGCCAGUUUGAAAUGUUGAACGCAUAUGAUGAGUUUGAAACGCGAUUGAGCGGGUUUCUGUGAGGCAGAAGGGGAGACGGUUUUACAUUUCUGCCCUCUGACAUGCGUCUCCACGUCAUUCUCGCCGCUGUCUGUUGGUGUGGCUUCGUAGACUCGCGGAAAAUAAGAGGAAUAUCUUCGUCCUACAAGCGGUUCUACAGGGAGAGGAAGUCCUUCCUGUGCAUCGAUGGGUCCAAAGUCAUCCCCUUUGAGCAGGUGAACGACGACUACUGUGACUGUGAAGACGGCUCCGAUGAACCAGGCACCUCCGCCUGUCCUCGUGGCCGAUUCUACUGCACCAAUCUGGGUUUCCGCCCACACUACAUCCCGUCUUCGCGAGUCAAUGAUGGCAUCUGCGAUUGCUGCGAUGCUUCAGACGAAUACAACAGCCACGCUCACUGCCAGAACACUUGCUGGAAUCUGGGACAGAGAGAGCGAGCGUACGUGGAGGGCCAGAUGAGGACCUUGGACGAGGGUUUGCAACUCAAGCAGCAGCUCAUUGAGGAGGGUGUGUUGCUCUGGAGGGAGAAACAGUCUCAACUCCGAGAGCUUCAGCAGGCGGCUGAGGACUUGCAGAUUAAAUUAGAGGACCACAGGAGGAGGAAGCACGAGGCCGACCGACGCAAAGAGCAAACACUGAAGGCACUGGAAGGGGGAGACGGCGGUCUGAGACGUCAGAACAGCACAGUAACCGGCAUUUUCAAGUUACUGGACAGCAAUAAAGAUGGCAGUUUAACAGUCGAUGAAGUCCAGGCUAAAGUGGCACUCGUCCAUGAUGAGGAGAGGGUUCUGUCUGAGGAUGAGGCAGUGGCGUUGUUGGGAGGAGGCAAUCAGAUGGAUCUCACCAAGUUUCAGCACACACUCUGGGACAUCCUGACAAAAGGAGACAGUGUCAAGAUCAAAGACACACUGGGAGCACCAGGCAGUCCUGCAGGUGAAGAUCCUCACUUAAAGGCAGUUGACAGAGCUGCAGAGUGGGAGGCUACCAAUCUAAAGAAGGUAGAAGAAGCCUAUGAGACAGUCAACAUGGAAAUAAGUGAUCUCCAGAAGAAGCUGGCCCUGGACUAUGGAACAGAUUGGGAGUUCCUGUUUUUGAACAGCCAGUGUUACAAGCUCAAAGUAUAUGAGUACACUUACACCCUGUGUCCGUUCAAUCAAGUCACUCAGAAGAGCACUGCAGGAACAGAGGUCUCAUUAGGGAAGUGGGGGAUGUGGGCAGGGACACCAAAGAACCAGUACAGUCAGAUGGUGUAUGAGAACGGAGAACCCUGCUGGCAAGGAGGCUCACGCAGCACCACAGUCACGCUGACAUGCGGAACGGAGACAGCCUUGCGAUCGGUGAAGGAGCCCAGCAAAUGCCAGUACAUCAUGGACUUUCAGACUCCUGUGGCCUGUCAGCCGGUGCUAAAGCAGCGGGGCAUACACAGUGAACUGUGACCCUUCCCUUCCCUUCCUGGCCUAGCCUAGAUUCAUCUGGCCCUCCCCUACCCCCUUGGCUAGCCUGCGGUGACAGGCCGGGGUCCUGAGGGUCCCCUCUGACAUCUGUGUUGUCAGAACAUAUAUACUUCCAAAUAAGUCUUGCUAAGGUCAGAAUCAGAUUUUCAGUUACACUGCUGCUAGACGACUUUAGCUCUCAUUGAUUGUUACAGUGCUGCUUUAAAAUGUUCCACGUUAUUUCUUUAAUACAUCGAAUGAUUCAGUAUUCCAACAUCACAGUAUAUACCUGACACGUGUUCACACUGAAGGACCGACUGAAUUACAGUGUAAAGAAUCCAACAGAGUGAAACUAGAUCAGCUGCAGAGUGUAGCGACAUCGUCACUGAUGUAACUGCUGUUCGAGAUGACGGCUCAUUCAUGAGCAUGAAUAAAAGGAACGUGUCCUUCUGCUGCACUAAACUGUAGAGCCUCAGUUAUUCACUUACUAAAGGACAUGUCGAAUGAUAGUAUACAUUUUUCACCAUGAAAAGACCAAAAAUGAUUUGAUUCUCCUUACAAGUCUUACUUGCUUACUAGCUUAGCAUAGAGCUCCAUUUGAUCAUGAUGAGUCCAACCCUGAGCUGCGAAGACUCAACACAGCGCAAAGUGUGUAUAAAUCCACCGCUGAAAGUGAAGUAGUCCCCAGAGAAAUGCACUGUUUACUCGUCUGUUUUAGGAAAUUAUUCAGCCUUUUUUAAAAAGAAAAAAGUUAGAGUUAACUAUAUAGUUAUUGUUUAUCAUUAUACUGCCAGACAAUAAAAGGCCAGGGCCUUGGUGUCACCAACAGGGUAGUGAAGUCACAUAGUAGUCCAAUUAAAGGGUAACUCCAUUAAAUUCACACAUUAAAGCAACGUUAUGUAACUUUUUGACCUUAAAAUAACAGCAUCAGAAUCAUGUUGAUGGUUCAGUGUCUAGUAAUAUGGUGAGUUCAUCACUUGUUCCUGCUCUGUGUAACUUCAGUGAGACUUCAGUUACACUCACAUUUACUCCAACACAAAAGUAGUAUUAAGCCCUUUGUAGCUCCAGAAGAAGCUGCGUGUGAUCUGGUGAAUUACCUCCAGUGACGCUGUUGCAUUGUGGGUAAUGUAGGCACCAGGUUUUGUAAAGGAAGAAGAAUGUGUGGAAUUAAAAAUAGGGUGAUACCCCCUGUUCUGCUAUCAAUUAAGAGGAGUGCAAUGUUAAACCAUUGGACUGCUUUUUUUUUAAAAAAAACCUGGUGCAUUACCUACAUUACCCACAAUGCAACUUAGCCAGUGACUGACAUCACUGGAGACAGUCAUCGGAUUCCCUGCAGCUUCCUCUGGAUCUGUAAACACACUUUAACGUGUGAUGUUGGUGGAGUUGCCCUCUGAGCGUCAGCAUCAUGUAGAUAUCUGAAUAAAUCUAGUGACAUUGCCAGUAAUGUAACUGCUGUAAUGAAUAACUGCUUAAGCACAAAUAAAAUGAUUGUCUUAUUUUA